AUGAUGUGCCAGGCCCACGAAGGGGGGCGCUUGAGCGAUACACGGCAGCCCCGCUCCGGCUUCCUCACGCUAUCGGCUUCCCGUUUUCCCGCUGAAUUACAUCCGAGUCGGAGACGAGCAGGAGCUUCACCGCCACGGCUGUGUUUGCGGGCCUAUAAACUCCUACGCGCACCCUCCGUCGAAGCAACACCACAAGCAUUGGCUUUGAUCUCGAACUCAAUCUCGUCGCAUCAAACUAACCUAGAGGCUAGAGCUAGCGCGACAGUAGCCUUGCUGGCCGCCGGGAUGGACAGGUUCGUGGCCACCAUGGUCUUCUGCGAGGCGCCCUUCGACGGCACCCUCGCCCCCGCGGUGCCCACCGGCGACGAUGACAAGGCCAAGGGAGCUGCGCCGGUGGCGGAGGUGGCGUCAGCGUUGUUGGAGGCAGCGAAGGAGUACUUCUCCGGCCCCGCGUCGGAGCAGCAGCAGAAGCAGCAGGGCGGGGACAGUGUGCCGGCCUUCUUCGACGCCGUCGCCCUGGAGUACUACUACUAGUAGCAGCAGUUCGGAUAGAGCUUGAUUGCACAAAUGUACUAGGAGGUUCUCUGUUCGGAGUGCUGAAUUGGCCUCUAGCUACCCGAGGCAUUAUAAACUUGUAAUUAUUUUUUACCCGAGGCAUUAUAAACUUGUAAUUUGCAUAGAGAAUCGCUGGAUUUUAUGCUGUGAUAUUCUACCUGAGUUACUCCUUGGAUAUGUCUCGAUAUCAAGGUCUCACAAGCUUUUAUUUACUCGCCAAAACAAAGAGAAAAGGAAAGUAAAUAAAUACCAGCCAACAUAAUUUCUAUGGGUUUGUUUAGGGCACAUCUAGAUGUGC